UUAAAGUACAGGCUUGGUUAGGGAUACAUUGAUGUUGAGUGCUUGAAGAUAAUUUCUUUAUAAAACAAAUUUCAUUAGAGUUUUUUUAUGUGCAGAAGAAUUGUUAGAGUGCCUGGUUUUCCACAUGUAUCAAUAGUUACCCUUUUAUUUAUCAGUUUGAUGAACGUCUGAAAAGAAAUGGGUCCUUGUACAACAGACAGUGCCUCUAAGAAUGAAAAAGCCACUAUGAGUGGGAGCUGUGUUGGUCCAGCAAGACCCAGGCUAAGAAGCAGCAGCGAUGGAAGCAUUUACACCAGAAGAACAGUUGGUGGCUGCAGUUCUUUCUCUUCCCUCACACUCUCCAACCCUAAAUCAGUCCUGAGAAGACCAGUGAGCACAGAGGAACUGCAAACACCAGGCGGCCCCUACAUUAAGAAAACUUUCACAAUUGUGGGUGAUGCAGUGGGAUGGGGGUUUGUGGUUAGAGGAAAGCAGCCGUGCUACAUUCAGGCUGUGGAGCCAUUUGGUCCAGCUGCUGCUGCUGGGAUGAAGGUACGACAGUUUGUGGUCUCUGUGAAUGGGCUCAAUGUUCUUGAUCUGGACUACAGGACAGUCAGCCACCUGAUCCUCACUGGACCCAGAACUGUAGUGAUGGAGGUGAUGGAGGAAAGAGACCACUGGGAAGAAGAAGAAAUGCAAUUUACUCAAGAAUUAAACUAGAGAAUAGUUACCAUGUGUUGAGAGGCAGGAUAGGUUUGUUUAAGAUUGUAGUUUUGAAUCAACUUUGUAGUGCAGUAUUUUAACAAAGACACGUGGGAUCUUGUGUUCUGAAAAUUAUAAAAUUUAGUCUUAGAUGAACAUAUUGGCCAAUUCAUCACUGACCAACAACCUGCUAAAAAACAAGAUUUCUAGAGAUCCAGAAGAAAAAAAUGGCCAAAAUUAAGGCAUAUGACUAUUAGACUGAAUUAGUCCAAGAGUUCAAUUUUUGCCAUUUAUGGCAUUAAGAAUUGGUACAAUGUUCAAAUUCAAGCCUUAGAAUUGUUGGAAAGGAUUCUGCAGAAAAUUUAAAUGCAUUGUAUUUCACUGGCAGCUAAAAGGCUAUUGGAAUAUCUGAAACAAGAAAUAGCUUAUAUGUCUUUAAAUGGGUUUAAAAUAUUAAAUCAAUCAAGCUUAUUUGUGUAACACAUUUCAGCUACGAGGCAGAUCAAAAUGCUUUAUAUCACCGAAACAUAAAAAAACAUAAUAAACACCUGGAUUUUGAGUGACUUUUUCAGAUUAUCUAAGGUGUCUGGCAAAAAAGGACAUCUGUCUGAAAAAAUGUGAACAAUAGAUGAAAAUAUAUAUGAAUGCCUCAGCAAAAAUGAAUUGUUUUAAAACUAGAACUGCUCCAAUUGAAAAUUGGUUAUUUAAAAGCUUGUAAAGCACCUUAAAAUGUGUCCUAUGAAGUCACACUGGGUUGUUAGGGAAAAUUCAGAAAUAAUUCCACCUGUCCUGUAUUUCCCUGUUCAACAUACGUGUGCCCUAUAAGUCUAUAUUACCUCCUUGCAACUGUUAGACAGCCCAUCUGAGCCAACACACAGCACAGCAUUUAUGGCUGCAGUUAUCAUUUGAGUAUCUUUGAGUUUAAGUCAGGAUCUAUCUGAUGCGUCAUUUGACCUAAAUAGAUUUUAAAGCUUAUUUAAUUUGGUUCAUCAUAAUUUCUACCUAUUAAAUGCUAACCUCAGUGUCCCUGGGAGAAUAUAUUGAAAACAUAUGCUGGAAUUAAUCAUGCUGUUCUCAUUCCUUUUCUGAGGUUACUUGGACUUUGAACUCUGCCGCUUUACUGCCUGUCUCUUCACAAACGCAGUAUCAACAGAAGGACCCUUUCCACUGACCUGCUCACACAAAAACAUGUCUGGCCACAAAAAAACACCUCUCUAAUACCUCCCCUGGUUGUGUUUGUCUUUCCAUCCACACAUUCUGAUUCCCAGAAAGGAAAUAGGAAGUGUGUAGUUGAAGUGUGAGGCAAAUAAACAACUUAACAAAAAUAAAGAUUGUGACUCACGAUUAGUUUUCAAGUAUUUUUGUACAGCCUACUAUUCCAUUUACAUUGUAUACCUUUAUAUCUGUUUUUAUUGUGUAGUUUUUUUGUUUUGUGGCACUUUUUCUGCAUUAAUCAGAAUGCUUUACAAGGACUUGUUUCCACAGCCUCAGUGAAUGUCUUUAUUCCCCUUUUUUCUUUUGUCGUAGAGAAAAUGCAAAGAAUUGGUUUUGAAAAGUGUAAGAUAAUACAUUUUCUUCAGCAAUAUUGUUAU